GUGGGCUUCCUGAUCGUCUUCACCGUGGUGGGCAACGUGCUGGUGGUGAUCGCCGUGCUGACCAGCCGCGCGCUGCGCGCCCCGCAGAACCUGUUCCUCGUGUCGCUGGCCUCGGCCGACAUCCUGGUGGCCACGCUGGUCAUGCCCUUCUCGCUGGCCAACGAGCUGAUGGCCUACUGGUACUUCGGGCCGGUGUGGUGCGGCGUGUACCUGGCGCUGGACGUGCUGUUCUGCACCUCGUCCAUCGUGCACCUGUGCGCCAUCAGCCUGGACCGCUACUGGUCGGUGACGCAGGCCGUCGAGUACAACCUGAAGCGCACGCCGCGCCGCGUCAAGGCCACCAUCGUGGCCGUGUGGCUCAUCUCGGCCGUCAUCUCCUUCCCGCCGCUCGUCUCCUUCUUCCGCCAGCCCGCGGGCGCGGCCUACCCGCAGUGCGGCCUCAACGACGAGACCUGGUACAUCCUGUCGUCCUGCAUCGGCUCCUUCUUCGCGCCCUGCCUCAUCAUGGGCCUGGUCUACGCGCGCAUCUACCGCGUGGCCAAGCUGCGCACGCGCGCGCUGGGCGACAAGCGCGGCCCCGCGGGCCCCGACGUCCUGUCGCGCCGGCGCCGCGCGCGCAGCAGCGUGUGCCGCCGCAGGGUGGCCCAGGCGCGCGAGAAGCGCUUCACGCUGGUGCUGGCCGUGGUCAUGGGCGUGUUCGUGCUCUGCUGGUUCCCCUUCUUCUUCAGCUACAGCCUGUACGGCAUCUGCCGCGAGGCCUGCCAGCUGCCAGACCCGCUCUUCAAGUUCUUCUUCUGGAUCGGCUACUGCAACAGCUCGCUCAACCCGGUCAUCUACACCGUCUUCAACCAGGACUUCCGCCGCUCCUUCAAGCACAUCCUCUUCCGACGGCGCACGAGGGGCUUCAGGCAGUGA